AUGAAUACACUCAACAGUCAACCUGCAAGCUCUACUGCACUUUCAUCUCAACCUUUACCCAACCCUAAGGGAGGCAUCAAUGCCAUCACUUUGAGGUCUGGAACCACACUGCCAGAGCGGAGUCAUGAUGAGCCAAGAUUAAAGGAGAACAUUCAGGUUAGAGAUGCUGUUGAGGUAGAAGAUGCUGAAGAGGAAGAGAAGGUACAAGACAUGAUUGCAGAAGAAGCAACUCAACCAGAGAAUAGCACAUCAAAAGCAGCUGAAGCUACGAGAGACACUAUCCCUAUCCCCUUUCCACAUCUUGCAAGGAAAUCCAGGAAGCAGAUGGAGCUCGAUCCCAAAAUGGUAGAAAUCUUUAAAAAGGUAGAAGUAACUAUUCCCCUUUUUGAUGCCAUUCACUCUAUAUCUGCUUUAAUGGGUGAUAUAGCAGAAAAAUAUAGUGAUCCAGGUCCAUGCAUGGUUACUUGUACUAUUGAUGGUAUUCAAAUUUUUGACUGCAUGUGUGAUUUGGGUGCAUGUGUGAGUAUUAUGCCAUUAUCUGUAUAUGAUGCUUUGGGGCUCCCUCCCUUAAAAAGGUUGUCAGCACAUUUUGUUUUGGCAGAUAAAAGCAUAAUCUCUGUAGUUGGAAUUGCUGAGGACGUUCUCAUGAUCAUUAAGGGGUUGACAUUCCCUAUUGACUUUUAUAUUUUGGAGAUGCCCCCUAAUGACUCAGGAAAACUUUCAUCUGUCCUACUUGGAAGACCAUUUCUGAAAAUCUCAGAAUUUAAGCUGGACGCCUACUCAGAAACCUACUCUUUUGAGAUAGAUGGCAGAACAGUGAGCUUCAAUCUGGAUGAAGUUAUGAGACACCCACCGGAAGAUCACUCCAUCUUCCAGUGCGACUGA